AUGUAUUUCUACUUUCAUUUCAUUACUUUAAAUUCAGUGGAGCAAAGUGUCUUAAACCUGGGCAAAUUCAGUAGUGUGAUCAAACUGAGUGCAUUCUUCCCCUUUAAAUCCGCCCAAGGUGCACUGGAAAAUAUCAAUGCCGUCUCAGAAGGAGUUGUCCAUGCGGAUCUCAAGUUGUUCUUGGAGACCAACCUUCCGUCCGGAGGUAAAAAGAAGGCGAUGUUGGGGGUGUCUGAUGCUAAACUUGGUGCUACGCUUCAAGAAGAGCUCAAUCUGUCCAUUCAGACUGGAGGCGUUGUAGCUGAAAUAAUAAGGGGUGUGCGUCUGCAUUUUCAUUCCCUGGUCAAGGGGCUCACCUCUCAGGCUGCGUCCAAAGCUCAGCUGGGUUUGGGUCACAGCUACUCCAGAGCCAAAGUCAAGUUCAAUGUCAACAGAGUGGACAACAUGAUCAUCCAGUCCAUCGCCCUCCUCGAUCAGCUGGACAAAGACAUCAACACGUUCUCCAUGCGUGUGCGUGAAUGGUACGGCUACCACUUUCCAGAACUGAUGAAGAUAGUGAAUGAUAAUAGUAUGUAUUGUAAGCUGGCCAAGAUGAUCGGGAACAGGAAGGAACUGACUGAGGAGAUGCUGGAAGCUAUAGAGGAAAUCACAAUGGACAGUGGCAAAGCUCAGGCCAUCCUAGAUUCAUCCCGCAGCUCUAUGGGUAUGGACAUAUCUCCUAUUGAUUUGAUCAACAUUGAGAGUUUCUCCAGUCGUGUUGUGUCCCUCACAAGCUACAGGCAGGAGCUGCAAGCGUAUUUGCAGUCUAAAAUGAGCCAGGUGGCGCCAAAUCUUGCAGCACUCAUUGGUGAAGUGGUUGGUGCUCGUCUCAUUUCUCACGCCGGCAGUCUGACAAACCUAGCCAAAUAUCCAGCCUCCACUGUGCAGAUUCUGGGGGCAGAGAAGGCCCUGUUCAGGGCACUGAAGACCAAAGGAAACACGCCAAAGUAUGGUCUCAUUUUCCAUUCAACAUUCAUCGGGCGUGCAGCUGCCAAGAACAAAGGUCGUAUCUCUCGUUACCUGGCCAACAAGUGUACCAUUGCAUCACGCAUUGACUGCUUUUCUGAGGUUCCCACCAGUGUGUUCGGUGACAAGCUGCGUGACCAGGUAGAAGAACGUCUGGCGUUCUAUGAGACGGGAGAUGCACCACGUAAAAACCUGGACGUCAUGAAAGAAGCUGUUAUACAGGCUAGUGAGGUGGCUGCUGAAAUCAAGCGCAAGCUCGAGAAGAAAGAAAAGAAGAAAAAGAAGCGUGAGAAGAGGAAAUUGGAAGCUCUUUCCACAGCAGAAGGAGAUGACGAGGAACCCAAGGAAGCUGAGGAAAAUGGAGAUGGCUUAAAGAAGAAAAAGAAAAAGCAGGUGGCUGAGGAGGAACCGGAGGUUGACGAGGACGUCUUGACGAACGGUGUUGAUGAGGCCACACCUGCCAAGAAGAAAAAGAAGAGGAAGAUUGAUGCAGUGGAGGCGGAGCCUGAGGUGACUGAGGAGGCUGAUGUGACACGGGCAGAGAAGAAAAAGAAAAAAAAGAAAAAGGCUUAGGAUGAAUAAACUCAUUCCUUCUCAAUUAACUUUUUCAGUAUUGUACAGCUUUAUUUUUAGUUUCAAUUAUACGUUUUGGACUCAUGGUCUAGCAUUUAAGAUUUUUGUGAGCCAAAAAGCGAUGCAUUGAGAGCGGUCUUGUUUAGUUCCUUUUACACAGUCUUGCUUUGUUUCCCAUCAUUCUCGAAGCACCUUUCUGAAACGGCUGGUUCAUUUAUGUGCCUUGCUCUAAUAAAAUGACGGCCCUUUGGCAUCAAUAAAAAGACAAGCUUGUCAUCUAAAUUCACUUCAAAUGCUUCUAAUUGAUGAAAUGGUUUCACUUGAUGAGUGUUUGUUCAUAGUAAUGUCUGAGCUGUUUGUAGGUAUGCAUAUUUUUAUACUUACAAAUACUGUAAUUAAACUCUUACCAUGAUGGUACAUGUGAACCGA